AUGAAGAUUGUCGCUCUAGUGAGUGGAGGCAAAGAUAGUUGCUAUAAUAUGAUGCAAUGUGUGGCAAAUGGCCAUGAAAUUACUGCUAUUGCUAAUUUGAAGCCUCCCCGUGAAUCAGGAAAAGACGAGCUGGACAGUUUCAUGUAUCAGACAGUAGGCCAUGAUGCUAUUCAUUUAUACUCGGAAUGCAUGGAUGUACCUUUGUAUAGACGAGAAAUUAGAGGAGGAUCUGUACUUCAAGCAGCGGAUUACACAGUGACAGCAGAUGAUGAAACAGAGGAUUUAUACAUGCUGUUGAAGGAUGUUUUGAAUGAUCAUCCUGAUAUCAAAGGUAUCUCGGUGGGCGCCAUUCUAUCCAAUUACCAACGAGUUCGAGUAGAGCAUGUGUGCAAUCGUUUAGGAUUGACUUCGUUUGCUUAUUUAUGGAGAAGAGGUCAAAAGGAAUUGCUUUACGAGAUGGCAAAUGCUGGCGUCAAUGCAAUCUUGAUCAAAGUAGCCGCUAUUGGACUCAAGUCAACACACUUGGGAAAGUCAAUUGGACAAAUGUACCCUUAUUUGUGCAAAAUGAAUGACAUGUAUGAUUUGCACAUUUGUGGUGAAGGAGGAGAAUACGAGACAUUUACUGUCGAUUGCCCAUUAUUCAAAAAGAAAAUUGUAGUUGAGGAAACAGAGACAGUGGUUCAUUCUGAUGAUGCAUUUGCUCAAGUAGCCUACCUCAAGUUUCAGAAAUGUAGAUUGGAGGCAAAAACAGCACAAGAAAUGGAUAUGAGCAAUAUCGCGAUCCAGGAUUGGAAAGAGUGGGAAUCAUACAAUGAGGUUGUAUCUGCGGUGGACAAUGCAAGGCAUACGCCUCUUGUUAAAGCGACAUCAGCAACAACACCUAUUGCAGUGCAGCCCAGCACCCAGUCAGCAGCAAUCACUCAUGACCACACACCAUUCUUUGCCAUAAGUGGCACCACUGCCUACGAUCUGGACGCUACAGUGGAGUAUGAUAGCAUUGAGAAAGAAACUCAAGCAUGUAUGGAAGCUGUUCAAACAAAGCUCUUGGACAAGGGACUAGCAUGGAAGGAUGUGGUGACUAUGAACGUCUUUGUCACCAACAUGGAUGAUUUUGGCCGUAUCAAUGCAGUUUACAAGACGUUUUUUGAUAUCAAUCCUUCUCCAAGAGCUUUAGUGGGAGCUAAUUUGCAUGGCAAAGCCAAACUGCAAAUCGACCUUACAGCCAUCAAGUCUAUUGCCAAUGUCAAAAGAGAUACCAUGCAUGUGCAAGGAAUCUCCUACUGGGCUCCUGCCAACAUUGGACCCUAUUCGCAGAGCGUUGUUACACAAGGUCAUGCCUUUAUUGCUGGUCAGAUUGGUCUGGUACCAAACACAUUGGAUCUUCCAGCACCAAGGUCGUUUGCACAAGAGGCAGCUUUAUCGCUACGUAACUUGGAGAACAUUGUCUCUGUGUUGGACUUGCCUCUCAAGACACAUACUGUUCUUUGCUAUUGCUUUGUCAGCGACCCGACCUAUUUGCCAUUAGCACAAGCUGCUUGGGAAGCUUACAUUGACACUCCACCACCCACUGCAUAUAUCGCUGUGCCAUCACUUCCUCGAGGCGCCAUGGUAGAAUGGCAAGUGCUCCUCCACGCGCCUCUACCAACACCGUUUGGCCAAGAGGAGUAUGAUAACACGACGGAUGAAGAGCAAGAUGAAGAGACAGUUCGACAAAUGAAGGCAUUGCAAGUGAGAGAAGAUUGUUUUGAAACGAGCAAGGUAAAGGAUAUUUCAUGCAGGGUUCUUUGCAAAAGCAACAUCACCACUAUUGUGGCACAAUUAGCAUCAGAUCCCUCAGACCUGAAAGACUUUGUUUCAAGCAUAAACGAGGCACUGAAGCAAGCCAAGAAAAAAUGGGAGCAAGUGCUAUCUAUCAGAGCACUUUACAACGACAGUACACAUAUGACGAGCAUAGUCUGCAGCAGUUUAUUAGCAGCAAAUGUCCUCCACCACUCUAAAACUGUGCCACCCAUCACCAGCAUUCCAGUCAAUGCACUAGGAUCUGUAGGAAAUCAAACGAUCGUCUGUGUCCUGCAUAUACUGUAA